AAGAUGACUUUUGGUAUUGAUUUAAACCUGGUGACAGAAAUAAAUUGCCAAUGAUAAACACUGUCCUCGAAAGGAAAAUGUCCUCAGCCGAGAUUGCCUUAAAAGAUGUUCAACAGACGAAGAUUGUGUGAGCAAAAAGAAAAAAUGUCUAUGCGACGGUGCUUGUGGAAUGAGUUGCAUUAACAAAAAACCUAAAAGCCAUAUACGAUGUAGAGCAACUGACUUAAAAAUCAUAAAUGGUAAAGUGGAAAUAGUUCCCUAUAACAAAUUUGGAGCCAUGGCAAAAUACACCUGUGCAGAUGGCUAUGUACUCUAUGGCAAUGCGACCCGGAUUUGCCAAGGAGAUGAAAAAUGGAGCGGAGAGAUACCUCGAUGUGUUAUGAAGGAUCCAGAUGUUGAAAAGAACGAGUGUCAAGAUCCUCCGAAAGUGCAUAAUGCUGUACAUGAUGGGCCUGAGACCCAGAAGAAAUACUCUGUUGGUCACAUGCUUGAGUAUCGAUGUAACGAAGGUUUCACGGCUAGAAAGGAAAGUGUGCUCCGAGCAUGGUGUGUCGGAGGUGAUGUGUGGGUUGGUCCUAAUAUGACAUGUACUCAUGCCGGGUGCCCACUGCUUCCCCCAAUUGACAAUGGUCAUGUGGAUAUUUUACAACCCAAUAUAAUUGGGACCUCGGCGAAAUAUACUUGUUCAACUGGCUUCUUUCUUGCUGGGCGAGCAAUACGAAAAUGCACAUCAGAUGGCGCUUGGGAUGGGAGAGAGCCUAGCUGUGAGAAAGUUCUAUGUAAUAGACCCCCAGAUAUUCCAAAUGGUUUUCACAAUGCACCCAAAGGGCAAGACAGCUUUCCUGCUGGUACUGUACUGACAUAUAAAUGUGAAGCGCGAUUCAGGGCUGAUGGGCAAGAGCGGGCAAUGUGCAGGGAAGAUGGUACAUGGAGUGGACCGAAUAUGUUUUGUAAAGUUAAAAACAGAAAAAACGAAUCAUUUAAAAAUUGCGGAUUCCCCGGAGAACUGGUGAAUGGUAGACGUGAGGGUAACAGGUUUAGGUUUCCAGGCAAGGUGACCUACCAUUGCAAUGAAGGGUACGAGCUACAUGGUCAGCCAGUAAGAGAAUGCCAGGCCAAUGGUGUUUGGUCGGGAUCGUUACCAGUUUGUAAACCAAUAAGAUGCCCAGAAUUACAUGCACCGCUGAAUGGCCACAUGUCAGGCUCUGGGAACACAUACAACACAGUGUUAAAAUUCCACUGUCCCACCGGUUUCAAUAUUGUCGGAUCCUCAGAGCGGCGAUGUAUGUCUAAUCAUCAGUGGAGUGGACAACCAACUCGUUGCGAAGAAACUAACUGCGGUUUACCAGGUCCUUUGAGGAAUGGCUAUUUAGAUGGACAUCGUACAACUGUAGGAGCUGUAUUUUUCUUCAGAUGCAAUGUGAGGACAACUUUCGACGGCCCAUCUUUCUCCACUCAGUGUCAGGAGAAUGGAUCGUGGUCACAUCCCCCUCCAAAAUGCUGGGGUCAGUGCCAGGUACCUUCAAUUCUCAAUGGAAGUGUGACGCAUGGUCGUGAAGGUGCAUGGGUAGACCAUGAAACAUUUAUCAACUUUCGCUGCAGGGAAGGCCUCGUACUUAAUGACACCUCACAUGUCAAGUGUCUCAAUGGAACAUGGAGUUUAAUUCCCAGAUGUAUUCCUGCUCCAUGCUCUGCGUCUCCACCAAAUAUUGACAAUGGUCGGCGAGUUUACAUCGGGUGGAAACAUGGAGAUCGAGCAAAAUAUAUGUGUCUUCAAGGUUUCCGUCUUCGUGGAGACAAAUACAUGACAUGCCAAUAUGGGCGGUGGAAAGGUUCUAGACCGUACUGUGAAGAAAUAUUCUGUCCUAAUCCAGGAUCAUUGGCAAAUGGUAAAAUAUAUAAAAAAGGACAUUUAGGAAAUUUUGUGUUUAAACCAUAUAUUGUUACUAUACGACACGGUGACCGGUUAAUGUAUGAAUGUGAACGUGGCUAUGAAUUACUUGGUCCAACUGGUGCCACCUGCGUUGAUGGCCAAUGGAGCCCUGAAGAUAGGCCCUUAUGCAAACAAAGCUCCCAUCCAGCUUUGCAAAAGCUAUGGAAGCCCAUCGAAGAGGGUCCUUUGAAUUAUUAAGCCAGAUCUGGAUUGGAAAUUAUCACAGAGAGAUGCCACAUAUUAUGGAAUGGAAACAGGAAAAAUUAUUUAAAACAAAAAUCCAUGCUUAGAAUGGUGUAGAAACUAAACACAUGUAGAUAAAGAAAUGUACCUUCACAUACCAUGUCUACCAAGAAGGAGUUAGAAAAGCUGCUCACACAAAACAUCAUUGAAGGUUUGUUGUGAGCAAUGUUUUGGGCCUGGCAAAAAGAUUAAGUCACAUAAUCAUAUUACUAAUAUUCUUUGUCUUAAUCAUAUUCUGAACAGUUUUGCAAUGGCUGCUUUGUUAUGAUACAAAGUUGAACAAGGAAUUGAAGAUUAUUUUGCGGUUAUAAUUGAAAUAAAAAAAAAUGAGAGUAGACAUUACACUCUAAAGUUGGUUAAACAGAUAAAAAUUAAAAACAAGAAAAUUCUCUAAAGAAAGACUGAGAUGAGAGUUUCUCAAAAAAAAAAAAAUAAUAAAUAAAAAAAUAAAAAACUAGAAAUGGUCUCUAAGAUAAAAGUGGCUGAAUUUGGUAUAGAUUUUUUUUUUUUUAAUGGAUUGAAGUUUAUUUUAUCCAAAAUAUAUAUGUGACAAGAUUGUUGUAGAAUGAAGUUAACUAUGGAAUAUUCAAAAGAAUAUAUUGACAGAAAUAAAAUGGGUUCUUCCAGAAACGAUCCUGUGAAGAAGAGCACAACGAAGACGAACCAAUUUUUUUUAUUAAAAAGAUUUACAUAGAGAAAGUCAAGCAAAAGAAAUGAAACAAAAAUUAUACAAGAACGCUUGCAUGAUUCGAUAUUUGUACGAAAUCAAUAUUUCCUGGUUAAAAGAUUUCCAAAGAACUACAAAACAUAUUGUAUUCUUGUGGAUGAGAUGAAAAUCAUUGAUGUUCUUCUAAAAAAAGAAUAAGGAUUAUGUCAAGGGUGAAUAGAACCUAACCACAUGUCUUUGGCAUCGAAUGGUUUGUUCUUUGGUAGAAUAUACCAGCUCCGUGAAAAUUUGGGACUUCAGAAAUGUUGAGAAAAUCAUCUGAAUCUGAAACCCACACCCAAACGUGAGAGCUUGCCAAAAUGAAAAGAGAAUAUGGACAAAUACGGAAAAAAAAAAAAAAAAUACAUAUAUAUAUAUAUGCGUAUAUAUAUAUAUACAUACAUUGACUGCAAAAUUAAUAAAGACAUGUGGCCAUAAUUAAUAUAAGAAAUGGAAGAAUCAAAGACAAACGAAAUAAACACUCACCUGGAGUUGUCCAAAUAUCCAUUUCUGAACAAAAAUAAUAUCAAUCAAUAGAAAUGCAUUUUUUUAUGCAUCAGUGUGUAUGCAUGUGUGUGUGUGUGUGUGUGCAUGUAUGUGUGUAUAUAUACAUACAUAACACUUAUGUAAAUGUACACAUGUGUAUAUAUGUUUAUGUGUAUAUUAUAUACAUAUGUAACGUUUAAAUAUACUUGUAUGAGUGAGUAUAUAUAUAUAUAUAUAUAUAUAUAUAUAUACACAUACACACACAUACAUGAACUGUGUGUCUGCAUUAAUACACACACACACUCACAUACACACACACAUGCAUAAGACUACAUUUACAUGUAUUGUUAUCCUACACAGACAAACACUAUGUUAUUUUUUUUUCCUGUCAUGCCAUUUAUAUUAUUAAAAUCAUUACACUAACUUCUUACAUAUAAUAACACAUAUGUAAACAUAUUGUUAACCCAUACACAUCACUAUUAUUUUAACUCUACAAAUAAUGACUCACUAUAUCUACCCCCACCACAUAUGUUUGCACUUAAAGAAUUAAGCGGCUAAACGCAUGCACACACACAUUGCAUACAUACACAUAUAUGUAUGUGUGGGUACAUAUAUAUAUAUAUACAUACACACACACACACACACACUUACACAUGUUUAUAGCAACAGAUGGGAGGAAAAAUACUCAAUACAUGAUGUAGAGUAUAAGUAUUCAGUUGAAUCACACACACAUGACCUACACAAAGCAAAACGAAUUGUGUGUGCAUGCACGUACACACACACACACACACAAACAUAUUCUAUAUAAUGGAUCAUAUAAAUGAACAGUAGCCAAGUUAUUAAAUGGAUUCUACUUGAUUUAUUAUUAUAGCAGAAACACUAAUGACAUUGUUGGUUUAGAGAGUCGUCGUGUCUCUCUCUCUCUCUAUAUAUAUAUAUAUAUAUAUAUAUAUAUAUAUAUGUAUAUAUAUGGGUGUGUGUAGAAAUAUAAACUUUUGUACACAUUUAUGGAUAUAUACAUAUGUAUAUUUAUGUAUAUUAUAUAUAAAUAUAUGUGUGUGUAUGUAUUAUCCACAUUAUGGAAGCAAUUGCAUUCCUGAAAAUAUUAAAACAAAAUUUCAUAAUGUUAAUCUUGUCUCCCAUUGACUUUCAUAUUACAGAAUUCCACAUUAUGGUAACGUUUUCAGGCACAUGGCUUUUCCAUAAUGUGUGAAUCGCUUGAGCAUGUGUGUGUGUAUAUAUAUAUAUAUAUAUAAAUACACAUGCAUGUGUGUAUAUGUGUAUUCAUGUGUUUGCAUAUAUACAUAUGUAUAUAAAGAUAUGUUUGUAUGCAUGUAUACAAAUAUGUAUAUGUGUAUAUGUAUAUACACACACAUAAGGUAAGAAGAGUGAGAACAUGGGAGAACUAAAUUUUCAUAUAUACAUUGACAGACACACACAUGCAUAUCUGUGUGUGUAUAUUAGCAAUCAUAAAAUAUAGAUGCAUGUAUAUGUCCGUAUAUAUUUUGGCAUAUUCAAACGCACACGCAAUAUAUACCUGACUGUUUACGAAGAAAUGAAUUAUUUGGUAAGAUUAUAAUAGAGCUGGUAAUUGAGAAAUACAAAUAUGGGUAAAUUAUAUACACACCUUAUUUGUGUGUGUAUAUAUAUGUAAGAAUAUUUAUGUAUAUGUAGUUUUGUGAGUGUGUGGGCAUAGGAAUGUGCU